AUGCGCAGCAUGGACUACCACAUGUCCAGGAAACCUAGAGAUCGGCAGCACAACAGCUGCAGGUCCAGGGCCCUGGUUCUACUUAUCGUCGUCGCCACCAACACAGCCACCUUCCUCCUCUUCUCCGACGCCAGUUACUUAGUUGGCAAUGGCUCCGGCGAGCACAACCGCAGCGUCCCCUUCUGGAACUCCGGUAACAUCACGGAUUACGCUCUCGCUGCGAGCCACGAUGAGCUCGUGCACCUGCACGACCACCUCGCCACGGCAAACUCCCUUGUCGAGACGCUCCUGGGCCUAAAGGCUACUGCCAGCGACAUGGCAGCCGCCAGGGAUGAGCAGAAGCAUGUCGGGGUUGACGGACUGUGGCAAUGGGAGCUCACCAGCGAGCUCCAGCUGGCCGUCGGCCCCCACAAACUGCCAUUAGGCUUCACGAAGAACCUGGGGUCCGAUCAGCUGUUCCCGACGGUGGGGCAAGCGUGCCACCAUUUCCCGGACGAGCUGGAGCGCUAUAUGGACUACAAGCCCGGUGGCGAGUGUCCGUCCAAUGAGCAGUUUGCACAGCGGCUCAUGCUCAAGGGCUGCGAGCCAUUGCCACGACGGAGAUGCCGGCCACGCCGCCCGAUAGGGUAUGCUGAGCCCACACCACUGCCAGCGAGCCUGUGGGCCAUGCCGCCAGACACCAGCAUCGUGUGGGACGAGUACACGUGCAAGAACUACUCCUGCCUUGUCAACCGCCGCAAGACCAAGGGUUCCUACGACUGCAAAGACUGCUUCGACCUGCUCAGCGGCCGGGAGAAGGGCCGGUGGAUGCGCGACGACGGUGCACUCUCAUACUCCAUUGAUGCCGUGCUUGCAACAAAGCCAAAUGGCACGGUGCGCAUUGGGCUCGACAUUGGGGGUGGAUCAGGCACGUUUGCUGCACGGAUGCAGGAGCGUGGGGUGACCGUGGUGACCACGUCCAUGAACUUCGAUGCCCCAUUCAAUAACUUCAUAGCUUCGCGGGGUCUUCUCCCCAUGCACCUGAGCAUCGCGCACCGGCUACCGUUCUUUGAUGGCACGCUCGACAUUGUGCAUUCGAUGCAUGUGCUUAGCCACUGGAUCCCCGAUGCCAUGCUCGAGUUCACCUUGUUUGACAUUUACAGAGUGCUGAGGCCCGGAGGAUUGUUCUGGCUCGACCACUUCUUCUGCCUCGGCACGCAAAUGAACACAACAUAUGUGCCCAUGUUCAAUCAAAUCGGUUUCAACAAGGUGCGGUAG